UGUGUAACAAUUUGAUAGUUCCCCAGUGUGUUCUUUUAGCCAAACAGCGAUAUUUACAAAAUGAACUUAAUUUGUAUUCUCCUGAAUGUUUGUUGAAUUCGUGUUACUGUCUUAUGUGAUGUAAAUGUGAAAAUAAAGGGUGUUUUUGGACAAAGAAACAAUUUGUUAAUCAGAAUUUGACGUUAAACAUAUUUAAGCCAGUGUAAUGUUUUGCUUGCUAUAAUCACGAUUGCAAGUUUGCUAUUUAUUAUCGCGGCCGCGGUGUGUGUUUACGGCUGUCGAAGAAUAUGCUGGGUUUUCUAUUUGCAAGACAAACAGGAUUAGACGACCCUCUUCGUCUGAAACGCGCCGAGUCUACGCGAAGGGUUCUCUGCAUGGAAUUGAAUCAAGAUCGAGAUGUUGAAAGAAUCCAUGGGAAUGGCAUUAACACAAUUGAUAUCGAGGUCAUUGAAGGCAGAUACAUGUUGUCGGGUGGGGCUGAUGGAGUGAUUGUGAUCUAUGACCUGGAGAACCACAGCAGGAAGCCCCAGUACACAUGCAAAUCAGUCUGCACCGUGGGCAGGUCCAGUCGACAUGUACACAAGUUCAGUGUGGAGACUGUGCAGUGGUACCCACAUGACACUGGCAUGUUUGUCUCCAGCUCAUUUGACAAGACCAUGAAGGUUUGGGACACCGAGACAUUGAAGCCAGCAGAAAUUUUCCGGUUUGAGGGAAAUAUCUACUGUCAUCAAAUGUCUCCUAUUGCCAAGAAGCACAGUCUGAUUGCUGUUGGUACCAAGGACCCAAAAGUACAGCUGUGUGAUUUAAAGUCCGGUUCAUGCAUUCAGGUCCUGCAGGGUCACCGAGGAGAAAUCCUCUCUGUGAGAUGGUCUCCACGUCAUGAAUACAUUUUGGCUACGGCCAGCGCAGACAGCAGCGUGAGGUUAUGGGAUGUCCGGAGGGCUACUGGAAGCCUCUUUGCUCUGGACCAGCACAAUGGGGACAGGUCUAAAGCCUCAUUCGCAAACAUGGCCCACAAUGGGCGGGUCAAUGGGCUCUGCUUUACUGCCGACGGGCUCUUCCUGCUGAGCGCCGGGACAGAUGACCGCAUGCGGCUGUGGAAAGCAGCCUCGGGGGAGAACACCCUGGUGAACUAUGGGAAGGUGGCGAAUGAGACUCGGAAGGGCCUGAAGUUCGCCGUGUCGCAGGGCUGCAGCCCCGAGUUUGCGUUCGUGCCGUGCGGCAGCUCAGUGGCCGUCUACGCCUUGCACACGGGGGAGCUGGUCACCAUGCUGAGGGGCCAUUACAAUAACGUCGACUGCUGCGAGUUUCAUCCCGACUACCAGGAGCUGUACAGUGGAGGCAAAGACUGCAAUAUCUUAGCCUGGGUGCCUACACCACGAAAACCCGACGUGGAGGAUGAAGGACAGCGCUCCACAACGGCUGAGAGUGAGUCCACGCUGAACCCUGCCUUCGAGGAUGCAUGGAGCAGCAGCGAUGAAGAUGGAUGACGUGUCUGUGACCACUCCAGGGGACACGGAAAGCUACGUGCCCUGGCACAGCCCUAGACGGCCAUCCUGAUGUGCCAUUCGUGUAGCUGGUCUUCACAAAGACAUUUUGGUCAUUUCUUUUUUCUUUAGUAUUACCUAUGGUAAACCUACUGAUUCCAGAGUAUAGAGAUGUAUCCCUUUCACAUGAAAUUUCAGACUUUUGUUCAUUUGUACUUCUUUUUUAAUACAGUAAAAUCAUUGUUUCUCUUAUGAUUAUACUGAUGACAUGUGCACUGCUUAUCCGAAUACCCACAUUAGCUCAGUUCUCUGUCUAAUGAUAUUUCCAGCAGGUUUCAAUGCUUUAUGUGUAUUUUUAUUAAGUUUUGUUGUAACUAUACAGGACUUGAGAAUUUGUCAUGGUUUGGCUGAUGCUGAAGGUGUGGGGGUGGGCUGAUAGCAUCCCCUUUUCGCGGUUCCGCUGGGCAAACAGCUCACUCACACAGUUUCUAUUCUAAUGUUCCUUCACUGAAAUCUGCAUGAAAAAUGGACUUAAUAGCUGCUGUUGUGCAGAUGCCACUGUCCUCCUGUUACUUGUGGUCAGCCAAUGGGCUAUUGGGUUUAACCUGUUUGGCAGAAACAAGAACUGAUAAUGCAAAACAUAUGUUAUGGUUGGCUUUUCUGUAUCAGUACAGAGUGCCUUCAGUGUCAUACUUUGUGUGUUUAAACAAUUUUUAAUGAACACGGGUCAAAUGUU